AGUGUGUAUUUGUCUUCCCAUCUCGAAUGCUCGCGGUGGAACCACUCAUACUUCGAUUCAAGAAACGUGGACGAACGCCCUCGCUUGAGCUUGCUGAAGAGGGCUCUUUUCCCUCGGGUGUGGUUGUGAACGAACCUGAUGAUGUUGCUGGUGAGCCAACGCGGAAACGAACUCGAGUUUUUCGCAAGGUAAAAGAGGAGCCAGUCUCUCUCACCAGCGCUCAACGCUCUAAUAUCAUUGACGUUGACCUCGAGGACUCAGGCAGCAUCAGACGGUCGACGAAGCGACGAAUCUCUAAUGUGAGCACGAGCUCCCAAGAUCCCCAAGAAGAAGAUGACGUGGCAUGCUACUAUGUCGAGGAAAGUGCCAACUACCCCGGUCCAGAGCUCGCUGAUGCCGUGGACCUCAGUGAGUGGUGGGCAGCGAUUAUCGCCGACUGGGGUGACCCCAAAAAGCUUGGUGUCGGAAGAUGUACGGUGAAGUUGAGCCCGGAGUUGCUCCUUGGUGGACGGACGAUGAAUCUCAGCGCCUCUGAUGGAGCGGUGUCUCAGCAGCGAGAUGCAUUGGACUUGUCACCGCUUCACAAGGCACCAACUGUUGGAUAUGUCCCCAUGAGUAAAGUUGACGGCUUUCAAGGCAUAGCUGCGGCGUUUCGAGCGUACAACUCGCACGUUACGUAUCAAACAGAAGAGGACGACUGGGCAGAGAUAGAACGGAAGUAUCUAAGCUGAUGACCUCUGACAAUCACUGCUAUCUUCAACGUACAGUGUAUAA